UAGCCGCAGUUCAUUUAAUCGUUAAUUUAACGAAAAAAUCGGGCUGCGUUCAUUUUAUUUUCAACCGGCGAAGCACGAGCAUCUGGUAUUUUUUAGAGAAUUUGUGGGAAAAUUGUUAACAAAAUGGCGUAGCGCGUUAUAGAAACUAGCGCUAAGCAAUUUUGUACAGUAAACCCUUCUGACAAAACAGGAAUUUUAAUCUGCAAGCAUCCUAGUUUUAGGAAAGAUUAAUGUUACUUGAAAUAGGAUAAAGAAUUGAAUUGAAAAUGUAUUUGUAUAAUCUGACCCUACAAAAAGCCACCGGCAUUACCCAUGCUGUACAUGGAAAUUUUUCCGGCAGUAAACAGCAAGAAGUUUUGUUAUCACGUGGCAAAUCCUUGGAACUUGUUAGACCUGACUCGAAUACUGGCAAAGUACAUACCGUACUCUCCACUGAGGUAUUCGGCUGCAUUAGAUCUUUGAUGUCAUUCCGUUUGACUGGUGGCACUAAAGAUUAUAUUGUGGUUGGCUCUGAUUCUGGACGCAUUGUCAUUUUGGAAUAUAAUCCGACCAAAAACUGCUUGGAUAAGGUUCAUCAGGAAACCUUUGGUAAAUCCGGUUGCCGUCGUAUUGUUCCCGGCCAAUAUUUGGCCAUAGAUCCCAAAGGACGUGCUGUUAUGAUUGGUGCAGUAGAAAAACAAAAACUAGCCUAUAUACUCAAUCGAGAUGCCCAAGCACGUUUGACCAUUUCUUCACCAUUGGAAGCUCAUAAAUCAAAUACCUUUACCUAUCAUAUGGUGGGAGUAGAUGUGGGUUUUGAUAACCCUAUGUUUGCUUGUUUGGAAAUUGAUUAUGAAGAGGCCGAUAAUGAUCCUUCAGGCGAUGCUGCUGAACGUACCCAACAAACUCUUACAUUCUACGAAUUGGAUUUGGGUCUAAAUCAUGUUGUACGUAAAUAUUCAGAACCCUUAGAAGAACAUGCAAAUUUCCUUAUAUCAGUACCAGGCGGUAAUGAUGGUCCCUCUGGUGUAUUAAUUUGCUCUGAAAACUACUUAACGUACAAAAAUUUGGGUGAUCAACAUGAUAUACGUUGUCCCAUACCACGCAGACGUAAUGAUUUGGAUGAUCCAGAACGUGGCAUGAUUUUCAUAUGUUCUGCAACACAUCGUACAAAAAGCAUGUAUUUCUUUUUAGUACAAACCGAACAAGGUGAUAUAUUUAAAGUAACACUGGAAACGGAUGAUGAUGUAGUAUCAGAAAUUAAAUUGAAAUAUUUUGAUACUGUACCUCCAGCUGUAUCAAUGUGUGUUUUAAAGACUGGUUUUCUGUUUGUCGCUUGUGAAUUUGGCAACCAUUAUCUUUAUCAAAUUGCCCAUUUGGGUGAUGAUGAUGAUGAACCAGAAUUUAGUUCAGCCAUGCCUUUAGAGGAAGGUGAAACUUUUUUCUUUGCUCCCCGACCUUUAAAGAAUUUGGUUAUGGUUGAUGAAAUGCCCUCAUUUUCACCCAUUAUAUCAUCACAAGUUGCUGAUUUGGCCAAUGAAGAUACACCACAAUUAUAUGUUUUAUGUGGCCGUGGUCCUAGAUCUUCUUUGCGUGUGCUACGCCAUGGCUUAGAAGUAUCUGAAAUGGCUGUUUCUGAACUACCCGGUAAUCCAAAUGCCGUAUGGACUGUUAAAAAACGUGUUGAUGAUGAAUUUGAUGCCUAUAUUAUAGUAUCCUUCGUAAAUGCUACAUUGGUAUUGAGUAUUGGUGAGACAGUAGAGGAAGUUACAGAUAGUGGUUUUCUGGGUACUACCCCCACUUUAUGUUGUGCUUCGUUAGGUGAAGAUGCUUUAGUGCAAGUAUAUCCAGAUGGUAUACGUCACAUACGUUCGGAUAAACGUGUUAAUGAAUGGCGUGCGCCCGGCAAAAAAUCUAUAACCAAAUGUGCCGUCAAUCAAAGGCAGGUGGUAAUAACACUGUCGGGUCGUGAAUUGGUCUAUUUUGAAAUGGAUGCUACGGGCGAACUUAAUGAAUACACUGAACGCUCUGAAAUGCCAGCCGAAAUAAUGUGCAUGGCUUUGGGUACUGUACCGGAAGGUGAACAACGUUCUUGGUUCUUAGCUGUUGGUUUAUCUGACAAUACUGUGCGCAUUAUUUCUUUGGAUCCUAAUGAUUGUUUAACUCCCUGCUCUAUGCAAGCUUUACCCUCACCAGCUGAAUCUCUUUGUUUAGUAGAGAUGGGUCACACCGAAAGUUCAUCAAGUGCCAAUGAUGAACCCAAUGAACGUUCAAAUGUACCCUCAAAGGGAGGCACCAUAUACUUAAAUAUCGGUCUCAGCAAUGGUGUUUUAUUGCGUACAGUUUUGGAUCCAGUUUCGGGAGAUUUAGCUGAUACACGUACUCGUUAUUUGGGUUCCAGGCCCGUAAAACUUUUCCGCAUACGCAUGCAGGGCUCAGAAGCAGUAUUGGCCAUGUCUAGUCGUUCCUGGCUAUCAUAUUAUUAUCAAAAUCGUUUCCAUUUAACACCUCUAUCGUAUGAGACCUUGGAAUAUGCCUCAGGAUUUUCGAGUGAACAAUGUAGUGAAGGUAUUGUGGCAAUUUCAACAAAUACACUGCGUAUUUUGGCUCUAGAAAAGCUGGGAGCUGUUUUCAACCAGGUUUCCUUUGGUUUGGAAUAUACCCCACGAACAUUUGUCAUACAUCCCGAUACUGGACGCAUGAUUAUAGCCGAAACAGAUCAUAAUGCUUAUACGGAAGAAACUAAAAAUGCCCGCAAACAGCAAAUGGCCGAAGAAAUGCGCAUGGCAGCUGGCGAGGAGGAACGUGAAUUGGCCAAUGAAAUGGCAAAUGCUUUUAUAAAUGAAGUCUUACCCGAAGAUAUAUUUUCUGCUCCCAAAGCUGGUGUAGGUCUAUGGGCUUCACAAAUACGUGCAUUAGAUCCCAUACAUGGACAAACACUAUUCAAAAUACCCUUAACACAAAAUGAGGCCAUUAUGUCUAUGGCUAUUUUGAAGUUUUCGGUGGCUCAAGACGGACGCUACUAUCUAGCAGUGGGUAUAGCUAAAGAGCUGCUGUUGAAUCCUCGUAUUACAAAUGGAGGUUUUAUAGAUAUUUACAAAAUUGAUCCGACAUGUUCUCAAUUGGAUUUCUUGCAUCGUACCGAAUUGGAGGAAGUACCUGGUGCUCUUUGCGGUUUCCAGGGACGUCUAUUGGCCGGUUGUGGUCGUAUUUUGCGUAUUUAUGAUUUGGGCAAGAAAAAGCUCUUGCGUAAAUGUGAAAAUAAACAUAUACCCUAUCAAAUAGUCAAUAUACAAGCCAUGGGUCAUCGUGUUUAUGCCUCAGAUGUUCAAGAAUCUAUAUUCUUUAUACGCUAUAAAAGAGCUGAAAAUCAAUUGAUCAUUUUCGCCGAUGACACCCAUCCCAGAUGGGUAACAGCUACUACAUUGUUGGAUUAUGAUACCAUAGCUAUUGGUGAUAAGUUUGGCAAUAUGAGCAUACAACGUUUACCACAUUCCGUAACAGAUGAUGUCGAUGAAGAUCCUACAGGCACAAAAUCUUUAUGGGAUCGUGGUCUACUUUCGGGUGCUUCACAAAAAGCUGAAAAUAUUUCCACCUUCCAUGUGGGUGAGAUUCUUAUGUCGCUGCAGAAGUCUACACUUAUACCGGGUGGUUCAGAAGCCAUGAUUUAUACCACUCUUAGUGGUACCGUUGGAGCAUUUGUACCCUUUACAAGUCGUGAAGAUUUCGAUUUCUUUCAACAUCUCGAAAUGCAUAUGCGCAAUGAGAAUCCACCAUUGUGUGGUCGUGAUCAUCUGAGUUAUCGUAGUGCUUACUAUCCGGUUAAAAAUGUUAUAGACGGUGAUCUAUGCGAACAAUAUCUAUCAAUAGAUCCGGCUAAACAGAAGUCUAUAGCUGCUGAUAUGUUCCGUACGCCAAAUCAAGUUUGCAAGAAAUUAGAAGAUAUUAGAACACGUUAUGCCUUCUAAGUUGGUUGGCGUGUUGGUGUAAUUUAUUUAUUAUUAAUAAGCUUAUUUCUAAGACUUACGUUAAAAUCAAAGGAUGGAAAGAGG